CGCCCCGGAUUCCUGCCACACCGAUGAAGCUCAACAUCCUCCUCUCCGUCUACAUUCACCUCUUGGCUGCAUCCGCAGCUCUGAUAUGUGAAUACUGCUUCUGUUUUGAGGAUGCUGCGAAUAUUGGCCUCCCAAUCCUGACCAGUCAGUAUGAUUUCCAAACCUUGACGGGAUGCGAGACGAAAUUGGUCCUUUGCCUGGACGCCAUCGCUUCGGAAAAAAAUUCCACCGACAUCUAGGGAGGGAAGUAAAUGAUUACCAGGGAAGGAUAUCGCGACGUGUUAGGUUUCUCCAUCGAGCCCCUUCAGCACACACAUAGUAUUGGUUCUGUAUGAAAAAGGUGGCAAUUUUUGGUCGUACACUCUUUCACAAAGCCAUCUAGGGGGUUACACCUGCAUGAGAACUAUCCGAUAUCAUAACACGGAAAGAAAAGCAACGUACUAAAAUGCCUACAGAUGCACGGCUCUCGGACAUUCAGGAUCACCCUUCACGAAAGUGCCGGCAGUGAAAGUGACUCGAUAUGUUAGACAGUGAAGGAUAAUGUAGACGUCGGACCAAAAAUACAAGCCGUCAU